AUUUACAGUACAAUUGCGAUUCUUGAUUCUUUGGAGGUGCUGCGGGGAGUAAACACUGAACGUGCGAGUCGAAGAACAGCCAGAUGUCAGAGCCUACCGAACGCGAUCCUCUGAUCCAGAAUGCCCAGCUGCAACAGACUUUACCUGGCAGUGCUACGGCUCCGCCGCCCACUGAGGAGUUGGGGUCGUCUCCCAAGCAUCUAGGGCCUCUAGAGAUAUCGCGUACAACACGGUAUGGCAUACUGGCGGGCAUAUGGAUCGCUACGUUCCUCUCAAGUAUGAAUACCACUCUGGUCGCGACCCUGCUCCCGACUAUCUCUUCGGAAUUUCAGAGAUCUCAUCAAGCUAGCUGGCUUGGCACUUCAUAUCUGCUUGCCACUUGCACGUUUACGCCCCUCUACGGUCGCCUUUGUAACGUGAUGGGGCGAAGAGGGGCUAACCAGUUGGCUGUGGCCCUCGCUGGACUGGGGACAUUAGCAUGUGGUCUGUCGGGCAACAUGGAGAUGCUUAUAGUGGCUAGAUUUCUGGGAGGCAUGGGGGGCGGUGGCGCGUUUACGACGUCUACCAUCAUAACUAGCGACAUGUAUAGUAUACGUUCUCGAGGUCUGGCGCAAGGCAUUGCCAGUGUCUUCAACAGUUUGGGUAUGGGGCUCGGUGGUCCUAUUGGCGGGCUCAUCAGUGACUGGCUGGGAUGGAGAUGGGCAUUCCUGCUCCAAAUGCCCCUAUUUCUGUUUUCGUUCCUCUUCACGUCGUGGCAUCUGCACUACGUGACCCCGGGGAAGAUCAAACGGAAGAUAGAUGUGUUGAAGCGGAUCGACUACGGUGGAAGCUUGACAUUGCUUGGAGCGGUGGGUUCUUGUUUAGUUUUUCUAAGUCUGCGGUACAAUGGCGAGCAACCAUGGAGCGAUCCGCUGGUUAUCACGUCGCUAGCACUCUCCGUCGUCUUCGCCGUCGCGUUCGUCGUUAUCGAGCUGUACUUCGCCCCCGAGCCCGUGCUUGCACCCUUCCUGCUGAAGCAGAAGGUACCGGUUCUCGUGGGGAUCAGCAAUUUUCUGGUGGCGAACUGUAACUUUGCCAUCCAAUACUUCUACCCGAUGUGGUUCCAGACGGUGCUCCUGACGAGUGCUUCAGUAGCCGGGUUGCACGUUCUGCCGAACAGCAUGGCUGUAUCGGUGGGGUCACUGUUUGCGGGCUGGAUGAUGCACAAGACGGGGAAGUACAAGAUGAUUAACCUGAUAUUCGGGAUCUGCCCCUUCAUUGGAGCAGUGCUUGUCAGCACCAUGCGAGAGGACUCCAACCCCGUGCAUCAGUGGAUUGGGAUUGUGCCUCUGGGUUUCGGGAAUUCGGUUGUGCUACAAACGAUGUUGAUCGCUCUGCUCGCACACCUUCCUCGCGAUGCUAUGGCCGUCGGCACUGGAUUCGGGCAGCUUUUCCGAGGUGUAGGCCAAGUGGGCGGCGUAGCCAUAUCCUCGGCGAUCUUCCAGUCAUCUCUCGACCGCGAACUUCGCAGGCGCAUCGAUACCCCCGAUGCUGACGAAUUGAUCAAGAAUAUUCGACACUCGGCACGUUUCGUGGCCGAACUACCUCCGGACUUGCAGCGUAAAGCUAGGGAUUCGUACGCUGUAGGGUUAAGGGCAGUAUUUAUAACGGCGGCAUGUUCUACUCUAUUGGCCUACAUCGCACGUCUGCCCAUACCCGACAAGGAUCUCGAGCAUUCACCUCGCAAACAAGCGCCCUCAGGAGCGCAGAAUGACUCGCAGGCGCCAACGCCCUCCCAGUCCAAGCCUGUAACUCCGUCUAUCCCGGGUACACCAGUAUCUGAGUUAGCGAAUCCCGCGGAACUUCGCAGACCAACGUUGCAAGCGAUGCACGCUGGUAAGCGAUCUCGGAGGCUUAGUACGUACGAGAGUGCGGACAGUGUCAUGGACAUGGAGGACGAUAGAAUUGGCGGAUCUGCGAGACGAUGAGAUGGGCGGACGGGAUGAACGAAGAUAUACGGCUCGGUGGAGAAGAAUUGUAGGUAGAAGCAGGGUGAUACGUCGCCCGCUUGCGCACAAAUCCUCCGAAUGCAACAACGUCUUGGAAUUGGG